CAGUCCCACUGCAAUACAUCUCACUCGUCAUUCCUCGUUUCACAUUUGUUUUUUCUCAGAAAAUGUCAGCCGCAUCUGCUGCCUCCGCAUCUGCUGCUUCGUCCUCUCCGCGCGUGCUCGUCAUCCAGUCGCACGUCGUCUCUGGCUAUGUCGGCAACAAGUCGUCGACGUUCCCGCUGCAGGUCCUCGGGUUUGACGUCGACGCCAUCAACAGCGUCCAGUUCUCCAACCACACGGGCUACCUCUCGUUUGCAGGCCAGCGGCUCAACGGCGACCAGCUCUGGGAGGUCUUUGAGGGCCUCGACCGCAGUGGGCUGCUCGGCCAGUACACGCACCUCGUCACAGGUUACAUUGGUUCGGCGUCCUUCCUAACGACCGUCAUCCGCGUCGUCCGGCGACUCAAGGAAGUCAACCCAAAGCUAAUCUACGUGUGCGAUCCCGUGCUUGGUGACAAUGGCAAGCUGUAUGUCCCGGAAGAACUGAUUCCGAUCUACCAAUCCGACGUGAUUUCGCUCGCCGAUGUCCUUUCGCUGAAUCAAUACGAAGCUGGCUUGGUCACAAGCUCGCCGACACCGGCUACCAAGCAAGACGCAUUGGCUGCACUGCAAACCUUGCAUAACCGCGGAAUUCAAACGAUCGUGCUGCACUCGACCGAUCUUGUUGCUACUGGACAUGCGAACGAUGUUGUGGUCAUUGGCAGCCAACGGCGAGAAGACGGAACACUCGACCAAUUCGAACUGUACGCGCCCAAGCUGCCAAUGACGUUUGUUGGAACGGGCGACUUGUUCACGGCGCUGCUGCUGGCACACACGCACGCGCUGCCAGCACACCUCGACCAGGCUUGCGAAAAGGUUAUCGCCACCAUGCAGGGCGUUCUCCGAAAGACCCUGGAGCACUUUUUGACCUUGCUCCCUGCCGAGCUCAAAACUGCCGACAACCUGCCCGUCCCCGAGGCCCAGACGAGCCGAGCGCACUCGUUCCACCGCGAGAUGCGUCUCAUCCAGAGCAAAUCCAUCAUCGAGUGCCCAACCGUCGUGCACAAGGCUCAACCCUUGACUCACGCGUAGUAUCAAUGCCAAAUUCUUCAAGCGAAGGCAGUGUUGGAAAAGUGAUGUUGCGUUUGACAACAACUUGUAAUUGGUUUGGUUAAUGCUUUAACAAUCUGUUUUCAAACAACAAAGGGGGG